GGGGAACGCGCGCAGCCAUGGAAACGGCCCGAGGCCGUUCGAGCUCCGGGGCCCGGGACCUGGGGGAGCGGGAAGGGGCUGGAGGACCGAGGCGGCCGUUCCGGGAGGUGGCCCGAGGAGGUGCAGAGCAGCUGAGUUGACACUAGACUACAAGAUGUUACGGCUCCUUGCCACUCUUGGCAGAAAAGCGCUGCAGGAUGGAAGGUUUCUGUAAAGCUUAUCUAAAGGUCCCUAUGUUGACUAGUUGAGACAAAUAUGAAUAGGGCCUUCUACAGUUACAACACAGUCCUAGCUAUUGCCCGGGCAAGAUUCCCUAGCCAUUUUGUCCAUCCUACCUGCUCUUCUCAUUUCCCAUCACUUGCAUUUCUUCACUUGCCAGAGUCCCAUUUAAAUCAAACAUGUGUGAAGAACUAUGGGAGCAAGACGUACCCCUGUGUCAGUCAGCCAGGCGCUAAAGCACUGUCCUUACGCACCAGAACAGCACAGAAGCUGCACACGUCCGCCCGCUGGCUCCAGGAGGCCCCGGGGAAACCUCAGCUGCAGCAGGCCCCCCAAAGGCCACAGGAGACAUGCCCUCAGCCCGCAAAAGAGAUUGGUACGAGGACUAAGGAAGAAAAGCGAUCUUACAGACAAAAAAUUAUGGAUGAACUUAAAUAUUAUUACAAUGGAUUCUCUUUGCUUUGGAUUGACACCAAAGUUGCUGUGAGAAUGAUUUGGAGGCUGCUGCACGGGCAGGUGCUGACCAGGCGAGAGCGACGAAGGCUGUUGCGGACCUGUGUUGAUAUCUUCCGCUUGGUCCCGUUUCUGGUGUUCAUAAUUGUACCCUUCAUGGAGUUCUUAUUACCAGUGUUUCUGAAACUCUUCCCAGAAAUGUUGCCAUCAACCUUUGAAAGUGAAUCCAAAAAGGAAGAAAAACAGAAAAAGAAAAUGGCUGCCAAGUUGGAACUCGCAAAAUUUCUUCAAGAAACGGUUACGGAAAUGGCAAGGAGGAACAAGGCCGAGCUGGGAGACGCCUCCACACAGUUCUCGUCCUAUGUCAGACAGGUCCAGACAGGCCACAAGCCCAACACGAAGGAGAUAGUUCGCUUUUCCAAACUGUUUGAGGAUCGGCUAACCCUAGAGCACUUGGACCGACCUCAGCUGGUUGCCCUUUGCAAACUGCUAGAACUGCAGCCUUUUGGAACCAACAACUUGCUCCGCUUUCAGCUCCUGAUGAAACUGAAGUCUAUAAAAGCAGAUGAUGAAAUGAUCGCCAAAGAAGGGGUGAGUGGCUUGACUGUGUCGGAACUUCAAGCUGCCUGUAGGGCCCGAGGGAUGAGGUCGCUGGGUCUCACUGAGGAACAACUGAGACAGCAGCUCAGAGAGUGGCAGGACCUCCACCUGAAGGAGAAUGUCCCCCCUUCUCUUUUGCUCCUGUCACGGACCUUCUACCUCAUAGAUGUGAAGCCAAAGCCGGUCGAGAUCCCGCUCAGUGGGGAGGCUCCAAAGAUGGAUAUUCCUGUGGAAUCACCUACUUCUGAAUCUAAAGAGAACUUGGUGGACUUAGCACCCCAACUGAAGGGAACUAAGGAUGAAAACUACCUGCAGCUGCCCCCGGUUAUGUCUUCGCCCCUGACACCCUCAGCGUCGAUUCCGCUGCCGCAAGGGCCCAUCACUUCCGCUGAAGAAGUUGUGCUCCAGGCCAAAUCACAGAAGGCAGUCCAGGACAGCAAGGCCAGUUCCAAAGCAGCCUAAGGACGACUGGAGGACGCAGCCCGCCCUCUCCGGCUCCCUGCCCUCGGCAGUGGGUUCAUGAGGGACCUCCCAGCCGAGACUGUCUAGUGUGGGGAGAGGACCUGCCACUUAGUCCUUGGGCAGUCCUUUGAGACCUCGUAAACAUUCCAGAUGAUGUCAGCAGUGAGACCAAGUUCAGGCCAUUUAGAAAAAUAUAAUUGCAAAGCCCAUUUCCUCUGUGCCAUUAUGUCAUCCCACUAAACUUUGUGUAAAGCCCCCCUGCCCCACACUGUUUUUAACAACUCCGUAUCUGUGCCCACGUCCUUUAAGGGAGGAACUGUGUAAUGGAACCAGCUUAGCAACUUAGACGAUUCUGCCUCCUGUGGCUUGGUAACCUGCCUAAGAACUUGAAAACUCCGAAAACCAGUGUAAGAGCACCUGACCGACUUUUUCAGAGUGAUCCAUCAGUAGGAACAGCACUUGAUGAGAUGGAACGGAUAUUCCCCAGUGAGGCCUUUCUGGAUGUAACGAAAAAACUUCUUGGAGAAUAAAAUGGGGAGUUAGACUGGCAAUCCAAAAAGUUUGGCUGCUGCUGGGCUGUUCUGCGACUUCCCCCUCCGGGCCUGCAGGGGUCUGGGAGGCUGCCACGACUCUAGCACAUAUGGCUUUCAUCAGCCACCAUUUUGCUAGGAAACAUAAUUAAGGGUUUAAGGCUUAACCAUUUGUUUGUGCUGGGUGUGUGUUUUUCUGGCCCGUCUUUCACAAACAAGACUAUUUGUUAGUCAUAGAGGCUGUUAAAGUCUGAUAGAACUCCUAUGCUACCCAGUAACAAACAUUUCGUCCAGGUAUUUGUCUGGUGUUUUC